AACGUCAAUUAUUUUAGUCGAGUUUGAUACUGUAUUGUAUCACGAACGCGAAAAAUCCAAGUGAUAAUGUUGUAUAAUAAUGGUGUGUGAUUUUUUACGAGAUGUGAUUUUUACAUAAAAAUCGUGGUGUUUUAAACUGCCAACCUAUGCAUCGAAAUGCUUGAUUUUCGAGCUGAGAAAAUGCUGCAUGCAAAGAUGCGUAGGAAAACGAAAGUCUAUGUUUUUAUAUUAGUGCUUGUGGCAGUAAUCGCCGAAAUUGCAUCUGCUAAUGCAGCACCUCGGACAGUGAUUAUUGACACCGGUGUAGUAUCUAAGACAAAUGAUACCAAUAAUACCACUCUCAAGCCUUCAGUCACUAUUGGAAAUAAUAUCGAUGUUAAACCUACUCAAACUGAAAGCAAUAUUGGUAAACCUGUAGUGGGCUACGUCACCGCCAAGGCUCCUGUAGCAGAGAACAUUACAGUUCCCACUCCCAUCAUUUCAGAGAAAUUGAAUGUUUCCACGAGAGCAGAUAAAGUUUCAUUGCUGAAUUCUACUUCUAUUCCGACAGCAGAUAGAACAACGCCAACGGAUACUAAUAAUGUAAUAUCUCAAACAAAUGGUACCACUCCCAAGCCUUCAGCAGCGGUAACUGAUAAUGUAAACUUUACUCGAACAAAAAACAGCUCUGGUGAGCCUUUAGUGGUGAAUAAUGCUACUAUCAAGGCUCUUGAAACCGGAAACAUUACAGGUCCUACUACUCAUAUUCCAGAGAAAUUAAAUGCUUCGACCCGAGCAGAUGUGGUUUUAUUGCCGAAUUCUACUUUUAUUACGAGUAUUCCUAGUACGACCACUCCUACGCUUAAUGCAACGACUACAGUGGCUCCUACUACAACAACAGCGACUCCUACAACAAUAACAGUGGCUCCUACUACCACAACAACGACUCCUACAACAACGGCAACUCCUACAACAACAAAAGCGACUCCUUCAACAACGGCGACUCCUACAACAACAAAAACGACUCCCCCUACAACAACAGCGACUCCUACAACAACAAUAGCGACCACUACUACAACAAAAGCAACUCCUAGUACUACUACCACAAAGCCCAAUAUUCCACCACCUAAAAUUUCAAUCGACAAAAAAGGCACUUACCAUAAUAUUCGUUCAAAUGGUUCAUUGUCACUGAACUGCACAGUCAAUCAAACCGGCUCAGCCUAUCCUGUGAACUACACGUGGUACAAAAAUGAUCAACCGUUGCAAAAUGGAUCGGCAAUAUUUCUGGUGAAUGCAUCACAAAGUGAAGCAGGAUAUUUUAAAUAUUCAUGCCAGGCUUGCAAUUCUGGUGGAUGUGCUAAUCCUACACAUAUUUUCCACGUUACCAUUCUAACUCCUGACAAAAUAGAAAAAUGUGUUGGUCAAUCAGCCGAUCUUGUGUGUGAGUUACAUGACAAAGAUCGAACGAUUGACUGGUAUGGUCCAUACAAAGAACUUCCGGAUUCAAAAUAUAAUCCCGACCGUGAUCCUGAUUCUAUGGUAGCACAUCCAGGACAACUAUAUCACAAAGAAAAUUUAAUCCUAACCGAUUCAGGAUGGUACCUAUGCGAUAUUAACCUGAAAAACAAUGAAUGGAUGCGUAUCUACUUGAAUGUCACAAAUGGUUCGAAAUGUCAAAAUCUAAAUUCAACGAUGUUUUCUACAAGCCCACCCCCUCCAAAGGGCUCAAACAGUAUUGUGUACAUUAUAGGUAUGAUUAUAAUAAUUGUAUUGAUUGGCGGAGCCUGCGUAAAAUACAUUAUGAAAAAGGAUGUGGGAAUCGUGGAUGUGACUGAGUUGAAACCAGUAUGUGCUCCUGAGAAAACACGCAUUAAAAAAGUAUAUAUCAAGGAAAGUGUGGAUAGCCAAUCUUCAGGAGAGAUUACGAAAUUCGAAGUUGAAGUAGAAGAAGAAGAAGUAGAAAACCACUUGUAUGAUAAACUUCCGCCACGUCAUCGUUAUGAAAUACACUGGGACUUGAGCUGGGAGUUUCCUCGAGAACAGAUUCGCUUAAUAGGGGAUCCUAUAGGGUCAGGUGCUUUUGGCAAAGUAUACCGAGCAGAAGCCACUAACAUCACACCAUCAGGAGGUACCUUGAUAGUCGCCGUCAAAAAAUUAAGAGAUGGACACACUGACGAUGACCUAAAGGAUCUGGUGGCUGAGAUGCACUUGAUGAAAUUGAUAGGUAAACACGAGAAUAUCGUGAGUUUACUAAAAUGUUGUACUCAAGGAGGUGAAUUAUACGCUGUGAUGGAAUAUGCUGGAAAUGGAAGCUUGCUCGAUUUUAUCCAAAAGUGUUACAAAGGGAAUUCUUUUAAUCCUUACGGAGGGUACCUGAAAGAGAUCACUUUGUUAAAUUUUUCUCUGCAGAUCGCCAAAGGAAUGGAGUAUUUAGCAUCGAAAAAGUGUGUACAUCGUGACUUGGCGGCUCGAAAUAUCCUGGUGACUGAUAACUAUGUUAUGAAGAUAGCUGAUUUUGGACUGGCAAGGAAUGUUUGUGGAAAGGACUAUUAUCGGAAGGAAACCGAAGGCAGGCUGCCAAUAAAGUGGAUGGCGCCUGAAGCGUUGACUCAUAUGUUUAAUACAAGUCAAUCGGAUGUCUGGUCCUAUGGGGUUGUGAUGUGGGAAAUUUGGACCAUGGGAGCUGUACCUUAUUCUGCCUAUAAAAAUAACGAGAUUGAACAGCUUUUGAAGGAUGGCGUACGAUUGAAAAAACCGGAUAAAUGUUCCAGCAAAACUUUUAUAUUGAUGAGGGAUUGUUGGAGUUAUAAGGCUGAAGACCGUCCGAGUUUUUCAGAUAUCGUCAACGAUUUGGAAAUUUUAAUACAGGAGAAGAGUUAUUCAUCUAAAGCUAAAAUCCAGCGUUCGGAAUCCGAAUCGGAUAUCUCAGACAUUGAAGACGAUCCUAGAACGCAUCUUCUUUAAGCAAGCACAUAGGUACCUACCUAAGUAUUUCUGUUUUCCUACUUAAUUUUAGUUAUUCUGUUUCGAUUUGUACAUAAACAUUUUCUGAUUGAAUGAAU